GAGCAGCUUCCCAUGUGUCUGCCACAGUUGUAACGACACGAGGGCUGACCUGAGAGACACAACAGGACGGUGAAAUAUUCAACGCUUUUAUCCAGAGCGACGUACAUACGAGAACAAGAACAACACAAGCAAAAAUCUAGACAAGAGGAAACAAGCUCAACACAAGAGUAACACAGUGCUUCAAGUCAGUUUGGGUCCAGGUAUUUCCAAGCAGUGUAGAGGCAAUGCACAAAAGAGCUGGAGCAGGAGCAGCUUCCCAUGUGUCUGCCACAGUUGUAACGACACGAGGGCUGACCUGAGAGACACAACAGGACGGUGAAACAUUCACAGACGCUUUUAUCCAGAGCGACGUACAUACGAGAACAAGAACAACACAAGCAAAAAUCUAGACAAGAGGAAACAAGCUCAACACAAGAGUAACACAGUGCUUCAAGUCAGUUUGGGUCCAGGUAUUUCCAAGCAGUGUAGAGGCAAUGCACAAAAGAGCUGGAGCAGGAGCAGCUUCCCAUGUGUCUGCCACAGUUGUAACGACACGAGGGCUGACCUGAGAGACACAACAGGACGGUGAAACAUUCAAAGCACGUCCACACAAAGCGGGUUGUGAGUCACAGCAGCAGAGCCCCUGACUCAAUGCUGCUUCAGUUAAUCAGUAACCAGAGUGGGAGCACCGGCUGGUCGGCCGGCUGGGUUAAAUUAGGGAGCAAAGGAGUCAGGACCUCAUUCAGGAUCUCACUCAGCAGCAGCAGCAGCAGCAGCAGCAGCAGCAGCAGCAGACACACACACGAAAGAUUCAUCAAACAAAAGGAAAAAUGAAGAUUCUACGGCCGUCGCUUCUCGCCCUCCUACUCUGCUUCUGCUUCUCAGGAAGCCAAGCAAACCGUGUCUACAUCCACCCCUUCCAUCUCUUUGCCGCUGAAAACGUCAGCUGUGAGUCUCUGCAUACUGAGACAUCCAAGCCUCUCAAGACACUUCCAGUGGCCCCCCUUGAUAGUGGAGUCCUAACACCAGACAUCCGGGACCAGUCAAAAGUGGACGCACAGAAGCAGAACAUCACAGAGAGGACGGCAGUUCUGGCACAACUUUUGAAUACUCAUGGUCUGAGGAUGUACCAGGCUCUGAGCAGCAGACAGCAAAGCACCAACACCCUCCUCUCUCCUGUCAACACCUACGGAUCCCUCGUCACCUUUUAUAUGGGAGCCUCCAAGAGUACAGCGAGCCCAUUCCAGGAACUCCUGGGCCUGAAAAUGGCCACCGACAGCGAGGACUGUGUUUCCUUAGUGAACGGACACAAGGUUCUCAAGACCCUGCAGAGCAUCAACUCUCUGGUGGAUGAUGGACCCAAGGAUGAAAUCACAACCCAGGUCUGGGCCUUCCCUCGCCAGGGUGCUGAACUUUCUGAGGACUUUAUUCAAGGCACACAGGACUUCUCUGACGCAUCGUUCAUCCGCAGUGUUGACUUCUCCAAACCUCAAGAGGCUGAGACGCUGGUGAAUAGCUUUGUGGAGAAGACAUCAGAUGGGAAGGUGAAAGGCAUUUUCAGUGAACUGAACCCCAGCAGCGACCUUCUGUUUCUUACGUCCUUUAACUUCCAUGGCAACUGGAGGACAGCCUUCCAACCAGAGAGGACCUCCAUGCAGGAGUUCCAUGUAGAUGAAACAACCACAGUGAUGGUUCCACUGAUGACCCACACGGGUCAGUACCACUACCUGAAUGAUAAGGUUCGUCGUUGCAAGGUUGUGAAGCUGUCACUGAGCAAGCGGUCCUACAUGAUGCUCGUCCUGCCUCAUGAAGGUGCUAGCCUACAAGAUAUAGAGUCAAAGCUUCUCACUGAUGCCAUGUCUGAUUGGUAUCAGAACCUCCAAGAAGGUCUGUUGGAGCUCACCCUCCCAAAGUUCUCCAUGUCUUCAGUGGCCGAUAUGCACGACCUUCUGACAAACAUGAAUCCAGAAGUUGAGGCCAAAUUGUUGGGCUCCCUGGCUGAGUUCAGCCAACUCAGCAACACGAAACCCUUCAAUAUAGACAAGGCGAUCCAUAAGGUUACGUUUGAGAUGUCAGAGGAAGGAGCUGAACCUCAGGACGUGAUCCAGGAAGCGGGAAUCCCACUCACACUGUCCAUCAAUCGGCCGUUCUUCUUUUCCGUCGUAGAGGGAGAUUCUAACGCCAUUCUCUUGCUGGGCAAGAUCACCAACCCAACCCUUUAGAGUUGAAACCACAAAAACCUCUGACAUUGAAAAUAUCUAAUAUACCAGGUCAACUUUUACAGUGUUUCACCAUCUGUAGUUUAAUAACACAGUAUUUAAAAGUCCUGUAGUUUCCUUUAACUUCUCUUCACAAGCUCAAUAGUCUCUGCGGUUCCCUGUUUCAGUAUUUAUGAAAACCUUUCUUUAAACUGAGCCUGUUGAAAUCCUAAUUUGUUUUUUCAUCUGUAAAAUGUAUAUUAGCAGAGUUCUGUAAGGUAUUUUUCUGUAGAGUAGGUACAGUAACUAGAUUCUCUAUGAUGAAUGACUAUUACAAUGUAUAUUAUA